AUGAUUAUGAAAAACACGCUCCUCGCCGUCGCGCUCUCGCUCGUGUCGGUCGGCACGGCGUUCUACGCCAUGGUGUACCCCGCGUGGUUCCAGCAACACUACCGCCGCGGCGGUACCGACGUGUACCAGGGCUACGGUCUCUUUGCCUUUUACUCGACCGACUCGCUCGAGUCGCCCUUUUAUGCGUCGACCACAGUGCUCCAGUACACCGACUUUUGUGUGACGAACUACACGACGCCCAACUACAUGUUGGGAGACGGGGCAGACUUCCACGACGUUCUGUGCGGCAAGCGCAUGAUGGCCGCCCAAGCCACGACCGCAACGGGGGCCGCAGUGUCCGUCGUGGGGCUACUCACGGCCAUUGGCGCCGUGUUUAGUCCCUCGGCUGGGUACAUGGAACGCGUCGUGUCGUUCUGCACACUCGUAGGCUCUCUGCUCCUCGCCGUGUCGCUGGUCAUCUGGGGCGCCCUACUGCAGCAGACGCUGUACGGCAUUGACACGAUCAACUCGGCCUACACGAGCUGCAAAGCCGACAACACCAAGUGGCACUGCUGGUUCUAUGGCUACAGUUUCUGGGUCUGCCUCGCGUCGGUCAUUAUCCUCUCGGUCACGGGCUACUUGAGCUCUGCGGGGCGGGCCGAGAAGAUUCGGUACUUCCGGAAAGAGUACGAGCGCGACCUCGUGGUCGCGAUGCAGCAAAGUGUCGAUCCCGACGCGCCCGGGACGAUGCAGCAGCAGCAGCAGACGCAAUUUGUACGCACGGGAUCGCUCAAUGGCUUUGGAGUGCCAGUUGCCCAUCCGUCGUACGGUCAGGCGCCGACGCCUGCCCAAUCACAAGCCACGUCGGGGCCGCUGUACACCACCCCACAGCAUUUACAGCCGGGCCACAGUAUGGUGCCCUCGAAUAGUGGGUACGGUACCCAACUUUCGGUUUCGAAACCCGUGGGGUACCCGCAGCAGCAGGUGGACAAUGUACCCCUGGCGGCACCCUCGACAAACGGGCUUAGUCGAACCGUCAGCAACGACAGUGAUGCCGUGUACCCGAGUUACAGUGAACAGCGCCGGAACCACUCGUUGCUCGGUCGACAGGCAAGCGGAGGUGUUGUGUGA